CGUGACGCGACGCGACGCCGCUCCCCUACAGCCAGUCCUCCAGAGCAGACGAGACGCGGAGGAGAUUUGCUUACCCGCCCACCCCGCCUUCCAUUUCUGGUUCCGGCACUUGUUUGCCGCAAUGGCGGCCUCCGCGGCUGUGGCUCUGCGGCGCUUCCUGCCGGUGAUGCCGGGUGUCGCCCCGUCCAUGUCUCCGCCCCGGCUCCUGAGCCUCCGCCUCCCGCCGCCCUGGAGCCGCCGGGCCGGGAGCGAUGCCGCCGCCCGCUACGACGUGGUGGUGAUCGGCGGCGGCCACGCCGGGACCGAGGCGGCGGCGGCGGCGGCUCGCGGCGGGGCCCGGACGCUGCUGGUCACGCAUAAGAUCGACACGAUCGGGCAGAUGUCCUGCAACCCCUCCUUCGGGGGCAUCGGGAAGGGGCACCUCAUGAGGGAAGUGGACGCCCUGGACGGGCUGUGUGCCCGCCUCUGCGACCGCUCGGGUGUGCACUAUAAGAUGCUGAACCGGCGCAAGGGCCCGGCCGUGUGGGGGCUGCGCGCACAGGUGGAUCGGAAGCUGUACAAGGAGAACAUGCAGAAAGAAAUCCUUAAUACCCCAUUCCUGACUGUUCAUGAGGGGUCUGUGGAAGAUCUUCUCUUGAAGGAACCAGAGUCGGAACAUCCAGGGAAAUGCCAAGUCAGUGGGGUCCUUCUUGGUGAUGGCAGCAAAGUACAUGCUGGCAGUGUCAUACUGACCACUGGCACCUUUCUGCGGGGGAUGGUCCUCAUUGGAUUGGAGAAACAUCCAGCUGGGCGAUUAGGGGAUCAGUCAUCCACUGGACUGGCUCAGACUCUGGAGAAACUGGGAUUUGCUGUAGGGAGGCUGAAGACUGGCACCCCACCCCGACUUGCCAAAGACACCAUUGAUUUCAGCAUUCUGGCAAGGCAGUGGGCUGACAGCCAUCCUGUCCCAUUCAGCUUCCUCAGCGAGACUGUUUGGAUCAAGCCAGAGGAUCAGCUCUCAUGUUACCUGACUUACACUAACCCCAAAGUGGAGAAAAUUAUCCAUGAUAAUCUUUACCUGAACAACCAUGUAAAGGAGACAACAAAAGGACCCCGGUACUGUCCCUCACUUGAAUCGAAAGUUCUGCGCUUUCCAAACCGUAUUCAUCAGCUGUGGCUGGAGCCUGAGGGUCUGGAUUCCAAUAUCAUCUACCCCCAAGGAAUGUCAAUGACACUGCCACCUGAGCUCCAGGAGCAGGUGAUUACAUGCAUCCAGGGCUUGGAGAAAGCCAAGAUGGUACAGCCAGGCUAUGGAGUUCAGUAUGACUUUCUAGAUCCUCGUCAGCUCACUGCUUCCCUUGAGUCUCGUCUGGUUCAGCGGCUCUUCUUUGCAGGACAAAUAAAUGGCACCACAGGCUAUGAAGAAGCAGCAGCCCAGGUGAGAUGUUGUACUGCAGCAAAACUUGUUCUCAGACUGCUUUCCCACAUCCAAGCAUUAAGGAUACUGCCUGGCCAAGCAGUGAAUGCACUUCGCUCCUGUAACCACUUUGAUGUCUGGCAGGGAAUCAUUGCUGGAAUCAAUGCUUGCCUGCGAGUCUGUGGCAAACCUCCUUUCACUAUCAGCCGCACUGAAGGCUACAUUGGAGUCCUGAUUGAUGACCUCACCACGCUGGGCACCAGUGAGCCGUACCGCAUGUUCACCAGCCGAGUGGAGUUCCGCGCGUUCCUGAGACCCGACAAUGCAGACAGCAGACUCACCCCCCGAGGCUUUGAGGAAACUGGCUGCGUGUCCCGGCAGCGAUAUGAACGAACAUCUCAAAUAAAGGCUGCCAUAGAGGAGGGAGUUGCAGUGCUAAAGUCUCUUCAACUCCCUCCCUCCAAAUGGUCCAGCUUGAUUCCAGAGAUUGUAAUCAGCAGCAGUCGUAGCUCACCUGUCAGGGCCUUCGACAUCCUUCAGUAUCCAGAAGUCAACAUGGAGUUAUUGGCAAGGAUUUUCCCAGAAUCCCUGGGAAAGCUUGCUGAAUGGAGAGAAUUGGCAGAAAGACUUAAAAUAGAAGUUGUUUACAAGUUGUGUACAUCCAAUCAACAGCAGGAAAUGGAGGAAGUGCGCCGAGAUGAAGCUCUCCGAUUGCCAGAGAACCUGGAUUACUUCACCAUUAAUGCAUCACUGUCCCAGGAGAUGCGAGAGAAACUGGACUCAAACCGUCCCCAGACGAUUGGAGCAGUCAGCCGCAUUCCUGGAAUUACACCCGCUGCCAUCCUUAAUCUGCUGAGAUUUGUGAAGACUAAUCGGCAAAGGACAGGGGGCAUAAAGGUGCCAUUUAGGACUGGCAGAUCCUUACCAGAGAGAAAUACUGAUGUCCUUGGGAAGAGUGAAUUCCAGAGCUCAAAUCUGAGCAGGGCUUUCUGAGUAGGUGAUGGAGAAUGGCUGUAUUGCAGUGGACACGUGUGGAGUCUUCAGACCGUACAAGGGCAGGGGUUUUUUGCAUCUGUAACUAGCCACCUCUGACUGUGUUCUAGUAGGUAUAAAGCCAACAGACCUGUAUGCCUUUUGCAUAGUGAUCAGGACCUCAAAUAGUUUUCUUUCCAAAUUUCGGUUAAAAAAACUUACCUGGAACCUUAGUAUACAGCUAUGCGGGAGACAGCAUCAGUCUGUUUGAGAGCCUGAAAAGUCUUGAGGGAAGGAAAAAGGCAUGAAUAGGGAUUAUCUCUCCACAGUAGAGAGAGAAGUGCAAGAUGAAUGCUAGAAUGCCAAGAGCCCAGUAACUGUUGAUAACCAACUCGACAGUGCCCAGUGUUGCUGUUGAUUUCAUGUUGUAUUACCCAAGGGUGUUUUGUUUCCAGCUGGCCAUGGAAAUACUUGUGCUCUAAUAAUUUCUUAGAAAGUCUUUUCAUGGAAAGAUGGUAAGGGGGACAGAGAACCCAUUGGGCCCAUAGGCAAAUGUGUAACUUUUUAAAAGGCAACUGAAUUAGAAGGGCUGUUUUCAAUAUGAUCAUGAAUUAACUUUUAGGUAAAAAAUUGGCAGGUUAAGAUUGCUUUUACUUUUAUUUAUGUAUUUUCCUGAAACUGUUUCACUGUGUUUCAUAAACAUAAUGGGGAAGUGGUUACCCCAGAACAAGGAAGGGCAGUAAUAUUUGGUAUAUUAUAAUGCUUUACUUUAUUAGUCCUCCAAAAAAUGACUCCGCAAGGUGACACAUGAUGAUCACUCAGACUUCCUCACUUCAUGGAUACAUCAAUGUUAUCAUGGAUACUUCAGUGAAAUAAAGCUGCAUAUUUAUGCUAGUCCGGCAGGUCAAUGCAAAUUAAAUUGAGGUGUACCUGUAUUCUGUGUCUUUUGAGCCCUCAAAAUUGUAUAUGAACUCUCUGUUGGCUGCAUUUGUAUAAACCCUGUGUUAACAAAAGGUUGCGUUAGGCUUCUUUGAGCAACUUAUUUGACUUGUUAAUACCUUAUAGGAAGGUAUCGGAAGGAUUGAGUCCAGCUCUGUUCUGCAUCUAGAUUUGUGUUUUCAGGACUGGCAUUUAGGAGAAAAAAGCAACAAAAAAAAUUCCCAAAGCUUCCUCCUCCUCCUUCCCUCCCCCCCCCCCCCCCCGCGCGUGUGUGCGCGCGUGCGCACACACACACACACACACACACUUGGAGCAGACCAUUUUUCUGUGGUGUGGCUUUAGGGAAAUCUAAUGAAAUCAUUAGUCUUUUCAUAAGACAAUUAAAUUAUGCCAAAAGCAGUGGCAAAGGUGAACGUUCCAUGUUUGAAAACUGAUGUAGUUCAUGUGCCUAUCAUAAACUGAUUCCUGCAAAUGUAGAAUAUAUUUAUAAUUUUUUCAUGGAAUUAUGGCAGUUGGUUUUUUAAAUGCCCUAAUGCACACAUCAGGUAGUUGGCAGUUAAAUGUUCGUAGAGCAUAAUGCAGAAUUAAUAGACCUACAGGGAAGCAUGGGGGAGAAGCUGAAUGUAGACAGUGUAACUUUGUGUUUAACUGCUUGUAUCUGAGAUAGAAGGAAUCAUCUUCUAGUAUUCUGAGGAGUCUCCAACCAAAAACAGUUUGGGGUAGAUUUAUAUUCUCUCAUGGAACUGAAAAAGCAGGGUAGACUGGGCUGAGCUGGACUCUAGGAUUUCCCAGCAGUCCCCCCCCACACGCACAAAUUACUCAGAGUUCAAGAAAUACCAUGUUAAGACAGAUUAACAGCACUUAGAACUGACUAGAGAGAAUAAGUAUUAAAAAAGAAGCCUUAAGUGGUGUGUUUUUUAUAGUGUAAAAGCAGUGGAAUAGUUAGAUUUGACUUUUUCCUGUCUCCCAUGCUUUUGAUCAGGCCACAGGAGGAAAAUGGUUACUCUCAGCUUUUACAAGGAGGGGUAAAAGAUGAGAUGUACAACCUGGGUAGCACUGAGACGCUGCUGUUUCUCUUCUAAAACUUCAGUCACUUUUUCAUCAGUAUGCUAUUCUGCAUUACAGUUAUUUUUAGUCUGAUAUUAACUUGAAGUAAUGGCAUGUAAUAAAGUUAUGGCUAUCCUUGUUCAUCAGAAAGAGACUGAGCAUGACACUCCUUUAAAUUUACUUUUAAUUUUUCUUAACAUUAAAAAUGAGCCAAUGUGAACAAAAA